CGCUGCGGCCGCCUGGGAGUCGCGCGGGGCGUGGGUCGGCGCUGAGCAUCCGCGGGGAGGCGAGCUCGACGCCGGGACGGUCCAGGGAGGCGCCGCGCGGCGGAACCCGCAGCCAGAGCAGCCCGCAGCAACCGCCGCCGCCGUCCGCGGAGCCCCGCCGAGCCGGCCAUGGCGUUGUCGAUGCCGCUGAACGGGCUGAAGGAGGAGGACAAAGAGCCCAUCAUCGAGCUUUUCGUCAAGGCUGGCAGUGAUGGAGAAAGCAUAGGAAACUGCCCCUUUUCCCAGAGGCUCUUCAUGAUUCUUUGGCUCAAAGGCGUUGUAUUUAGUGUCACAACCGUUGACCUGAAAAGGAAGCCUGCAGACCUGCAGAACUUGGCUCCCGGGACUCACCCACCAUUUAUAACUUUCAACAAUGAAGUCAAAACGGAUGUAAAUAAGAUUGAAGAAUUUCUCGAAGAAGUCUUAUGCCCUCCCAAGUACUUAAAACUUUCACCAAAACACCCAGAAUCAAAUACUGCUGGAAUGGACAUCUUUGCCAAAUUCUCUGCAUAUAUCAAGAAUUCAAGGCCAGAGGCUAAUGAAGCGUUGGAGAGGGGUCUCUUGAAAACCCUGCAGAAACUGGAUGAGUAUCUGAAUUCUCCACUUCCUGAUGAAAUUGAUGAGAACAGUAUGGAGGACAUUAAGUUUUCCACACGUAAAUUUCUGGAUGGCAAUGAAAUGACCUUGGCGGACUGCAACCUGCUCCCCAAACUGCACAUUGUCAAGGUGGUGGCCAAAAAAUACCGCAACUUUGAUAUUCCGAAAGGCAUGACCGGCAUCUGGAGAUACUUAACUAAUGCUUACAGUCGGGACGAGUUCACCAACACCUGUCCCAGCGAUAAGGAGGUGGAAAUAGCCUACAGUGAUGUGGCCAAAAGACUCACCAAGUAAAAUAUCACCUACAAGAGAGAUAACUUCACGUCUUCCCCUGACUAAGAAUACAUGCUUUUCCUAACAGACUGCUCCUCUUCCUGUCUGGUAGAAAUGUUACUUUGCAUGAACAUGCUGUUAUUCCAGGUUAGGAUAAGGGAUAGACAGGUAUAGUAGCUAUCUUUAAAUACACGCUCCUAAGCAGUAUUAUUUUAAAAUUCUUUUACCCCGCCUACCUCCCCUGCCCCACGUUCCCCUCUCCUCUAAUUUGGAGACACUCCAUCACAAACUUCUCACUUGAGAGGUAGUUUGCCAUCUCUCCAGAGCCCCCACCAUUGUGUUCAUCCACUGCGUGAAGAUGGCAGAACUUUCGAGGUGCAAUGUUUAACUGCUAAAAUAGUAACCAGGACUUCAUCAGUCAGCCCCAAACUCGAGUGCAUAAUGCAUGGUACAAGGAAUAUUUAUGUAUUUUUGGAACUUUAUAAUACUUAGUAAGAGUGUAUGAAAGGAUUGCUACUGUAUCAAUAUGCUGUGUAUCAAUUUCAUCUAUCCUGGAUUUGAGCUAAAGGGUGUCACCACCCCAGAAGAGAGCCUUCUACAGAAAGUCACUACAGAUUUUGCUGUUUCACUUUGUAUGUGGAUUUUUACUUUUGCCUAAAAGCAUUUAUCCUUCAUGCCAGUUAUAACAUCUCACACUAUGUAGAAGCUGAAAGUUUGGAGGGAAGUCUGAUAGUCUCAAGCGUUUUACCACGUAAGAGAAACCAGUGGGCCCCUGGUACUCUGCCUACAGUGUUGUCUCUUCUCUGUAUUUUGCCCAGUGCCAUUUAUUUGGAACAUUAUUGCUUUCUUCCUUUAUUUUCAAAAGCUCCUUUUUAGGUAAGCAUAGACCUUGCUAUUUGUUGAUCUUUCAAGCAACACUACAUAAACUGAUAUUUAAUUUAGCGAUAGCAGUGCAAUGAUUAGUAGUGUAAAAAUUAGCGCAGAGAUUAACCUAAGGAAUGUAGGGUGGGUUUGUCAAAAUAUCAAGUAGAAUUUUGUUUCUAAAGCCUGUUUAAUGUUGAUAAUCUAAAGAACGCAUUAUCCUUCCUAUAUUAAAACCAAGAUAAAACGCACAGAUUACCAGUUGUCCCUUUUUACCCCCAUUUACAGUUAGAUUUUGGGUACAGGACGGUUCACUCUUUUUGGACUAAAUUAUAGUUGUUAUGGUGAGUACAUAUUUGCCACAGUUUUGCCUAAUCUCCAUCAUUGCACUUCCUUCAAUUAACCUUUUCUGCAGCCACACUGAGGAGCACACUCUGCAUGUCUGUCUCUUUUGUCAGUUGAAGCCCCAACCCAGGAGUUAUUUGUGCUCUUAACAAGGGAGGAGGAACUUGGUGAGAACAAAGCAAAGGUUUGCCAUGUAUUUAUUCAUUUUUUAAAAAAUGGGACUUUCUAAGUACUGCUCCAAAGAGUGCGGUUGUGACUAUAAUAAGUUUUGGUAAUUUUUUUAUGCCUAACUUGUUUAAGAAGUGCUAUUUCUCAUAGGCUGUUUUUGGAAAUUUUAAGUGUAUUGCUUUAAAACAGCCACGUUUUCCCCCUUCGAUACGCUAACAUUAGUAAGCACUGGCUUUAUGGAAGCAGCCUGGUUUUUAUAAGCGUGCUGCAUUUUUUUUUUAACCUAUCAGUAAUUAGCUUGGUAUAGAAAGACUUAAAAAAGCUUCGAAUUGUAUCCAUUUGGCUCAGGGAGAUUGUUUUUUGCUUUACCUUUCUUUGAACUCCUUAUUGCUGAUCUAAAGUUUGAGCACCCACCCUUUUGUGAUUAAAUAUUGGAUGAUGAUUUAUCUGGUUCCAGGAAGAAGCAGCAUCAGGUUAUCUGUUGAGAAAUCCCGUUAGCAGUAGCGUCAGUGGGGUCAGCGGGGGAGAAUGUCACGUCUGCCCCAGCAGGCAGGCAGCCAUCCUCACUUCGCACCUACUUUUUAAAUAGUGUAAUUUGGCACUGAGAUGAUGUUGAACUUGCUUCAUAGCAUAGAGUAUGAAAAAGAUUCCAGAGAAGGGAUGUCUGAUCCUUGAGGUGAACGGUGGCCUAAGUGCUGCAGAGAAGAGGCCUAAGGAGGAGAGGGCUACAUUCCUCAAAAUCGGCGGAAACAUUCUGGACCUCAGUUGUGAGGUAUUUUCACUUUAGUAAUGGAGAAAUUAGCACAGAGAUUAACCUAAGGCAUGUAGGGUGGGUUUGUGAAAAUAUCACAUAGAAUUUUGUUUCUAAAGCAUAUUUAAUGUGGAUAAUCUAAAGAAUGCAUUUACAUUUAUUCUCUAUUGCCUUUUUAACUUAGCCCAUUGAUUAUACUUGGCUGUGUCUCUGGAUGUCCACGGAAGGCAAAUCUGUCUGUUAUGAUUUUGAUGAUGAAGGGAGAAUUAUUUUUCUCUGUAGAAAGACAGAUCUUAUUACUUUAUCAGAGAAGUUAGUCAAAUGAAAUUGAGAUUGGGUAAUGGACGGAAAGCUAGUGGGAAGGAUGGGCCUAGAACCUCUUUAUUUUACCCCAUCUUAUACUUGUGGAAAGCUCAUAGCUUAAAAUCUUGGGAGAUUUGGGACAUAAAAGUUUUCAUGGCGAUUCAUGUAGUGUAUGGGUUGACAUCAUGGAAAUCAUCUGAUAUCAUUUCUACAACUACUGAGUCAUUUCCCCCUUCACUUAAACAAACCCCUUCUGUUCCACUUCAACAAGGAGAUUCGAGUCUGAAUGGAAGCCGUCACUGUUUUCCAGGGGGUUCUGAGAAAUUUUUGUGUUCAACAGUUGGAAAGCUCUCUACUAUUCCAGUUGAUAUAACUUCCUUUUUUUUUUUUUCAAUGUAGAUGAAGAUUUUCUAUACAGUUCUGUUAGCAUCUUUUACUAAGAUUGUUGACUUUUGUGAUAAAGUUCACAUCAGAUCUUAUUUCUUGGUAACUUUGGCUUACACAACGUAUCUUUAAACUCUUGAGAAAUCUGUAUACAAUUAAGAGAUUUCUAACAUUUAUUCUUACACUAAGUUAAACAACUUGAUAGAAUUUAGACAUUUUUACUUCUGUUGAGUUUUGAAUCUUUCCAGAGUUGCCUGUAGAUAGCUUUUAUUUCUGUGCAUUUAAAAUAUCCUUUAGAAAAUAUCUAUAAGGUAAAAAUGAGAAGAAAUAGAAUGUAUUUUUUCAUGAACAUUUGAUACGCAUUUCAUCAAGUUUAUUGAUUAACCAAUUUCUUACACUGGUUAUAAUCAGUAUUUGAUUCAAAGAGAGGGAAGCAUUCAUUAUUGACAUACUCUGUGGGCUUUUUUAUUCCAUCCUUUAGAACCUAUCAAGGUUGGGGCUGUCAAAAUUAUAUUUUUAUCAUGGGAAAAGAUUUCAACUCCCCAAGUCAUAACGUUGAACAGAAUUGGAGUGUUUUCUUUAGAAUUACUUGAAAAGGCAAAUGAAAGCUUAUUAUAGAAUGCUUGUAUUUUCUUUUCUCUCUCUGGAACCAGUAUAUUGCUGGCAGCUAUUGUAUUAAAAAAAAUAAAGUAUAUUUUCACUAUCAUAAAAGGUUCUUUUUUCCCCCCUUCAUGAAAAUAAAUAACAACUUGGGGUAAAAAUGUUUUAUUUGAGACUACUUUUUUUCCACGAGUGGGUGAGUCAGCAUAUUUAAUAGAUUAAAGGAGAAAAACUAUGAUCACUUCAACAGGUACAUAAAAUAGUUUAUAAAAAUCUUAAUGAUACUCAUUCUUAGCAAAACAAGACCAGAGGUAAAAUUUUUUUAACCUGAUAAAGACAUCUGCCAGGAACGUACAGCAAAUUUCAUGUAUAAAUGGGAAACAGAAGCCUCUCAUUAAAGUCAGGAGUAAGACAAGAAUGCCCUCCAUCACAGGUAUUAUCUGGCUACUUUGCACAGCUACUUUAUUAGCAGCAUCCUAGCCAAAGCAGUAAAAUCAGUAAAAAAAAAAAAAAAAGAAAAAGAAAAAAAAGAGAGAGUGGAAAAGAAGUGACCAAAUGGUUGCUCUUUGCAGAUGAUGCAUAUACAUAGAAGAAACCCAAAAUAACCUACCAGAAAUAAAAAGAAAAUUCAGCCAGAUUACUAGAUACAAGAUUGAGGAACAAAAAUCAAUAUAAUUACUAUGCACUAGUGUUAACCAUGUUAAAAAUUAAUCGAUAAACUAGUAUUAUUUUCUUCGGGAGGAAAAUGGGUAGGAAAUUGUCAAUGUAUACUUGAGCUUUUAGAAAUUUGUAACAUAUAUUACCUGUUGUAAAAAAUAAAGUGUGCUUUAAAAGAUAAACUGUAAGUUACUGAGGAUCAAAUCUAAUAAAGAAAAAGUACAAAGUGCUA